CCGCCGCGCUGCCCGCCCCGGCGCCGACACUUGGGUACUGAAGUAGCUGAAAUGCGAAAAAGGCAGCAGUCACAAAAUGAAGGAACACCUGCUGUGUCUCAAGCACCUGGAAACCAGAGACCCAACAACACAUGUUGCUUUUGUUGGUGCUGUUGCUGCAGCUGCUCCUGCCUCACUGUUAGGAACGAAGAAAGUGGAGAAAGUGCAGGAAGACCCGCACACACCACAAAGUUGGAGAGCGUCCAGGUCCUAGAAGAGUGCCAAAACCCCACUUCAGACGAAGUCUUGUCCUGGUCUCAAAAUUUUGAUAAGAUGAUGAAGGCCCCGGCAGGAAGAAAUCUCUUCAGAGAAUUCCUCCGAACAGAAUACAGUGAAGAGAACCUCCUUUUCUGGCUCGCCUGUGAAGAUUUAAAGAAAGAGCAGAACAAAAAAGUAAUUGAAGAAAAGGCCAGGAUGAUUUAUGAAGAUUAUAUUUCUAUACUGUCACCAAAAGAGGUCAGUCUCGAUUCUCGAGUUAGAGAGGUGAUCAACAGAAAUCUGUUGGAUCCUAACCCUCACAUGUAUGAAGAUGCCCAGCUUCAGAUAUAUACUUUAAUGCACAGAGAUUCUUUUCCAAGGUUUUUGAACUCUCAAAUUUAUAAGUCAUUUGUUGAAAGUACUGCCAGCUCUACUUCUGAAUCUUAAUUUUCAUAAAAAAAAAAUUUCAUUUUGGAGGGCUGGGAUGGGAAAUAAAAGUAGUUACAUCACAUCAGAAACUGAGUUCCUGGAGAACUACAGCUUAGCAUUCCUCAGGCUACUGUGAAAAAUAUGACCACAUGGUCUUUGUCUCCAUUUUUAUCAAGGUUAUCCAUGGUUAAGUUUGGAGAAAAUACCACAUCACAUUAUGAAUUGCCAAAUUAAGUUUGUUUCAUUCAACAAUCAUCUACUUGCAAGCAAACUUGUAUUUGUAGUUCUACAAACAGUCUCCUAGUGUAUCUCCAGAGACUGCAUGUGCAAAGUAAAACUGCUUUGUUUGCCACCUAGUUGUACUAUUUAAUCCAAUGGCAUAACUUAUAUCUGUAUUUAAGGACUUUUGUGCAAUAUGGUCUUCUAGAAAUAAUUGCCAAAAUGGCUGUGGUUUGCAUUUUUAAAUAUAAGACAGAAAAAGCCAAUUUUUAAUUUGUAACCAUGGUAUUCAACAUGCUAUAUACUGUGUUCAGUACACUAAUUUUGAAGCCAAUAUUUCUGUACAUGAAAAAGAGCUAUUUCUCUCUGUUUGUUGGAAAAUCCAAUGGGGGAGUCCUCUGGUUGUUCACUGCCAAAACUGUGGCGUUUCAUUACAGCAGAGUUUGCUAUGUAAAAAAAAAAAAGACAAAAUAUGAAGGAAAAAAAAGCACAAUACCAUUUGAAGAUAUUCUAUUUCAAGGACAAAUCAAAGAAUGAUAUUGUUUUUAAUUGUAAUAGAAGAAAAUGAAUCUAUGUAUAUAUCAGAUGUCCAAUACUGUAAUUAAUUUAUUAAAGACUGGCUCUCCAGUU